CCGUUGUGUCUGUCUGUGUGUUGUGAGAGUGUGUGAGCACGGGAUACCUGGUAGCCAUGGACUUUGUAAAGUCACAGAAAAACAGAAAAAAGAUCCUUAUGGGUGUCCUGGCGGCGUCCAUAGUGAUCAUAAUACUUGGUCUUGGACUUGGGCUCGGACUGGACUUGCAGAGGUGUAAAAACAAAGUCGUCCCCCACACCUCCUGCAGGAAUAGAUGCUACGAGCCGUUUGACGAUGAAACUCCCGGCUGCAGGUGUGACAGCAACUGCAACGCCUCCAACAGCUGCUGCUCUGAUUACCGGGACGUGUGCACCGCUCCCUCCCAGCAGUGGGAAUGCACCGCACCUCGCUGCGGUGAAACCAGGCUGACGGGGAGCAGAUGUCACUGCUCUGACGACUGCGUGUCUGCCGGGGACUGCUGCACAAACUACAGGCACAUCUGCCAGGGUGACACAGAGUGGGUCCAUGAUCAGUGUGAGGACCUGUCAACCCCUAUGUGUCCUGAAGGCUUUAAGCAACAGCCCCUUCUGCUUGUUUCUUUGGAUGGACUCAGAGCUGAGUACAUGCAGACGUGGCGUGAUCUCCUCCCAGUUCUUGACAAACUCAGAAGCUGUGGAACAUCUGCUCCAUUCAUGCAGGCGGCGUUUCCAAGCAAGACUUUUCCUAAUCACUACACCAUUGUCACGGGUCUCUAUCCAGAGUCAAAUGGCUUGAUUGACAAUGUUAUGUACGACCCGGUGCUGAAUGCCACUUUCACCCUGUCCAGUUCAGAGAAAGACAACCCUGCCUGGUACCUCGGACAGCCUAUUUGGCACACAGCCAUGUACCAUGGCCUGAAGUCUGGGACCUUCUUUUGGCCCGGAUCAGAUGUCAAAAUCAACGGAAGUUUUCCAAACAUCUACCGACCUUACGACGGGAAAGUCCCAUUCGAAGAAAGAGUGUUUACUGUGCUGAGGUGGUUGCAACUGCCAGAUGAUGAGAGGCCAGAUUUCUACACAUUGUACCUGGAGGAACCUGACAAAUCUGGACACAGCUUUGGUCCUGUCAGUGGAGGGCUCAUUUCCUCAAUUCAGGGUGUGGAUAAGAUCAUGGGUCAGCUCAUGAACGGAUUAAAACAGAUUGGCCUGCACCGCUGUCUCAACAUCAUUAUAUUGGCAGAUCAUGGGAUGGAGGACACAAGCUGUGACAGGAAGGAGGCGAUGGAGGAAUUGGUGGGAGAUACCAGCAGCUAUGUGGUUUCGGAGGGACCAUUUGGACGCAUCAGGGCGAAGAACUCAGAAAUGGACUCAGAAGGACUUGUUGCUAACAUGACAUGUAGGAAGCCAGAUCAAAAGAUCACGCCCUACCUGAAAGCCAACCUGCCAAAGCGCCUGCACUUUGCCAACAACCGCCGAAUUGAAGAUGUCAAUGUUCUGGUUGAACCUGGAUGGCUGUUUGAAAGAUCUCCUGGAUCGCUCACAUUCUGCUCUGGAGGAAAUCAUGGCUAUGACAAUGACGCUGAGAGCAUGCAUGCUCUGUUUCUCAGUUAUGGUCCCAAGUUUAAUGACAAAUCUACGAUUGAACCCUUUUCUAACAUUGAGCUGUACAAUCUAAUGUGUGAUGUGCUGCAGGUCCCUCCAGCUGACAAUAAUGGCACACAUGGCAGUAUGAACCAUGCCCUAAGAAAUCCCUACUACAAACCAGCAAGCCCUGGAGAGCAGAGCAGGCCGGCUCAGUGUCCGCUGGUCAGCCUAGACCCUGCAGAUGACCUGGGAUGCUCCUGCCUGGUUGGAAAUGCCAUCAACAGCCGUUUGAACCUGACUGCAGAAGAGGUGUCUGCGGCAGAGGGGAAGCAUGUGCUGUUUGGUCGCCCGCGGAUGCUACAGCCUGACCAGAGUUACUGCAUCCUCCACCAGGAAGGAUUCGUGAGCGCCUACAGCCACAGCAGGCGCAUGCCUCUGUGGAGCUCCUUCACCGUUGAUAAGCCGGGCGACUUGGACCCAUUGUUGCCCGUGCUGGCAGACUGUUUGCGGGCUGAUGUCCGACUGGCAGGGUUUCAGAGCCCUACAUGUGAUGAGUAUGAAGCUGCUGGGAAUGUAACGCAUGCCUUCUUGUAUCCACCUAAUUUGAAUUUAACAGAAGACCAGCAGUACGAUGCUUUACUGAUGAGUAAUGUGGUGCCAAUGUACCCCGGGUUUAAGAAAAUCUGGGAUUACUUCCACAGAACUCUACUCAAAUACUAUGCCUUUGUAUACAAUGGCAUUAAUGUGGUCACCGGCCCCGUCUUUGAUUACAACUAUGAUGGAAAGUAUGACACUCCAGAGAGGACACAGCAGUUUGUGCCCGGAACAAACAUCACCGUCCCCACGCAUUACUUUGUGGUGCUGACCAGCUGCAGGGACCCAGCUCAAACAGUCAGCGCCUGCACCGCUGAGCUGCAGACGGCGUCGUUCCUGCUUCCCCACAGAUCCAACCACUCAGAGAGUUGCAGAAGUACAGAGGCUGAAUCUCAGUGGGUGGAGGAUCACAUGUGGUUCCACCAGGCACGUGUGAGGGAUGUGGAGUGGAUCACCGGUCUGGACUUCUACCAGGGCAGUGGUCGACCGCUCCCUGAGCUCCUGAUGAUGAAGACCCGCCCGACAGCCGCCAUUCACAGACAACAAUGAAAAAUUUGAUUUAAGCUUUAGAAACAGGAAUCAACUCUGCCUUUGGUAGCGUUAACCCUUCAUAAGCACUGGAUAUGUAUGCAUUGAAGUAAAUCUAUUUAUUUAUUUCAUUUAGUAAAUCUAAUGCCGAUUGUGUUGAUUUUUUUCUGAAUAUGAGUUGAUUUAUUUUCAACUUGAAGAGUUUUAUUCAUACAUAGCCCAGAUGUGACAAAAUUGACAAGAUAAUAUUCACUUCAGUUAAAAUGGUUAAUAAAACGAUCAAACUUGUAGGUCUGUAUAGAUUUCUGGACACCUUUUUUGAUUUGUGACAUUGCACUCUUGGUACUUUUCUGUUUUUGUACAGAGGAAAUAAAUAAAAUCACAUAUGAAGAUUACAUAUUUUAAACUAAAGAAUUCCUUUCACCUUUAAAAUCUUUCCAACAUUUGUGUUUUUUUUUUGUCUGAUAAUGGAAACAGUC